CAAUAAAUUCAUUGUCAUUUAACCAAAAAAUGUCUGGAAAGAGUCAAACCAGAAGGAAAAAAGUACACUCGGCAGUGAAAAAAGGCAGGGCAAAGCAAAUGGCGAAUUGUGUAUCCCCAGUUCUGGAUGGUGAUGUUCUAGUACCUACAUGUCAAAAAUGCAGCCUUACCUCUUCUAUUACGGAAUUGGUUCGCCACGAAAUUUCUAAGGCCAUGACUAAAACCACUCUAAGUAGGGAAACUAUUCAAAGGGGGGCUAUUAAAGGAAGUAACGAAUUAUUAGAAAAUUCAAGCGAUUACGUUAAACUGGAUGAUCUGAAGGAUAUUGCUAACAAACUCAUCUCACGCAAUUUGGUCGAAUCUGUCAUCCAAAUCAACGCUAAGCAGGCUCAGGAGACUGUGAAAAAGAUCCUGGCUUUUGAAGCAGAAUUAAAACAAAUUACAGCGCGCAUAACUGCAAUUGAAGAGUCGGUAAAUGGCAGUAAAGAAGAUAAAGAACCUGCUGUUAGUCAGCGAACACGGGAAAAAAUAGGUAUGACUCGUAUAACCGACUUUCAAGGUACCAGUCUCGAAACUUCUAGUGCAAAUAUAAUACAGCGGCUCAAGAACGAGUGCAAGUUUAGAUUACCCCCUCGCCAGAAUAAAAUUUUAAACAGUGUCGGUUACCCGAAACAACUUGAUACUGAAAUUAGCUCUUCAGAUGGUGAUGAAGAUCAACACGAGAAAAAUUGUGCCAACAGAGGGCUUAUAACCAGGUUAAAUCGGCCGACGUUUGCGAAGAAGGUUCCAAUUCCUAGAGGUCAGACACAUGACGUUCGACCGAGCAGUUCACUUACUAGUGAGGACCUGCAGAGGCAAGACGCUGAAAGAAAAAUGUUUGAAGCUAACAUGCUCCUGUGUCGAAAGUCGCCUUUCACGCUUCAGCUAAAUAAAAACAAAAAACACUUUCCCAAUGAACUGCUGAUCCCCAGAUCCGCAAAGACGGGGAUUGCUACGGAUCCAAGACUCGCAAAACUACGCACAGCUAACGCAACCGGUGGAGUGGGAUCCGAUUGGUUAUUUGAACAAUAGGACAGACUAGUAAGAAGAUGCGCUCUCUUUAUGGCUUUUAUUUGUUUCUAAUUUUAAAAAUCUAAUAAAUUUAAUUGUAUCAUGUUACAGGA